GUUUUCCUGUUGUCUGCGGGAACCCAUUUUUGAAUCCAUUCCCCCCCCCCCUCCUCCGCAUCCCUUUUCAGAACCCAAAACCCCACCUUAUAAAUCUCAAUUUGUCCAUUAACGUUACACAAAAUCUCUCUCUCUCUGGAGGAACCCACAUUGUCGUCGAGUAAUUAUCAGUAAUGGCAGUUUCUUCGAGGGAAAGAACCGAGCUUCCUGCUUUACCUAAGAAAUGGGCAGACAAAGAUACCAGCCCUGAGCGCACCAAGGUUUGGAUUGAGCCCAAGUCCAAGUCUGAGAGAAAGGUCCCAGUUGUCUACUAUCUCUCCAGGAAUGGCCAUCUUGAGCAUCCUCAUUUCAUGGAGGUCCCUCUCUCUUCUUCUGAGGGACUCUAUCUCAGUGAUGUCAUCAACCGAUUAAAUUCACUGCGAGGUAAAGGCAUGGCGAGCAUGUAUUCCUGGUCUUCGAAACGGAGCUACAAGAACGGAUUUGUGUGGCACGAUUUGUCGGAAAACGACUUCAUAUAUCCGGCACACGGUCAGGAAUACGUUCUCAAGGGUUCAGAGCUUCUGGAUGGCUCUACGAGUUUCAGGUCUCCAGCAACAGGGUCUUCCGGCACUGAAAGGACAUCGGAAACAACCAAAUCCAGCGACGACGGCGAAUUCCCGGUCGUCAUACGGAGGAGAAAUCAGUCGUGGAGUUCAAUCGAUCUGCACGAGUACAAAGUAUACAAGGCCGAAUCCACGGGUGAGUCCGCCGGGAGAGCCGCUGCCGAUGCUUCAACGCAGACUUAUGAGAAGAGGAGACGAAGAAGAGCAAUCGGAGACGAAGAGGAUAAAGAUGAAGAUGAAGAGCGAGAGAAAGCAGAAGCAGCAGAAGCUAUAGUUGAAAUGGAACAAUAUCGAAAUCACACGACUGAGUUGAGCAGAGAAGAGAUAUCUCCACCUCCUUCCUCCUCCAGCCCAGAAACGCUAGAAUCUCUAAUCAAAGCGGAUGUUCGGGUGGUGAACCCCAGAAGAGGGUUGGACGAAUCAGGUGUUCGAUCUCUGACAGAAAACAAUUACCCAAGCGGCAGGAUGAGGGCUUCAGCAGUACUGAUGCAGUUGAUUUCAUGUGGAUCAAUUGCUGUCAAGGAUUGCGAAGCGAUCCUUCCUCGGAAGGAUGGAGGAGGAGGAGGAGGAGGAGGAGCUUUGUCGUUGAUUUCGCAUUACAGGUACACGGGAAAGCUGGCUCCUCCUCCUCGGGGAGCGUUGAAGGAGGUGGGGGAGAGUAUGGGGGAAAACCCUAGUUUUGCGGGGAUUCGACUAGAAGACAAAGAGUACUUCAGUGGUAGCUUAAUCGAGACGAAGAAGGAUGAAUUUCCAGCUUUAAAGAGAUCCUCUUCCUACAAUGCAGAUCGAAGUUCGAAGAUGGAGUUAGCAGGGAAAAAGGAGGAGGAGGAGGAGAUAGGAGGAGUUAGAACGAAAUGCAUACCCAGGAAGCCAAAGACAGCAAUUAAGAGUAUGCACGGGAGUACUACUAAGAGAGAAUAGCCCAUCUGCCCAUAAGGCCAACAAGU